CAUUUGAUACAACAACUCCACCAUGGAAGGAUUUAACUGCAACUUCACCAUUGCCAGUAUUAUCAUCAUGGGCUAAAGCUAGUUCCAACACUAAUAAUGAUACAAUAUUUUUAUUUGGUGGUAUUAUGAAUGAUACUGUAACUGGUGAUUAUAAUUUGAAAAGUGUAGUUUACACCCAUGAUUUAAAAACCAAUCAAUGGUUAGCAAACCCACCUGCUUUUCAAGGAGUUGCACCUAUGAGACGUAGAGAAUUUUCAAGUGUUAGUGAUCCAUUGACUGGCAAAUUAUAUAUACAUGGUGGAGCAAAUGAUAUGAAAGUUACCACUACUGUUAUAUUUAAAGAUUUUUUUACUCUGGAUGGAAAUACUUUAUCCUGGAAACCAAUUGGAAAAACUGCUCUAAAUAUGCCACCUCCUAGAAUUGAUCAUGCUUCUGUAUUGAUUGAUGAUGGAAUAAUUGUCUUUAUUGGUGGAAGAGAAUCUCUUACUGGUACUACUGAUACUAUAACUGCAGUUCCCAUGAAUAAG